UGCCCUUUAAAUGGGUCCUCUUUUUUUGUUUUGGACACCUUGUGCCCUGGAACAUGAUAUGGAUGGAUGGGGGGGAGAUUUGCGAGGAUAGUUGGAUGAAUGGAAUGUUUUAAAAAAUUAAUAACUUCUCAAACUAAAAGAAACGUUUUUGCCUCUUCUCGUCCACAGACAUAAUGGCGUCACGAGGAUCAGAUGACACAAUAAAUUUAUUUCUCAUCGGGAAAACUGGUCAUGGAAAGAGUUCUUCCGGAAAUUCUAUUUUGGGGCGAGAAGCGUUUUAUGUAUCGGAUAACACACAGUCAGACACCGCUCAUAUUCAGGUUGGCUUUGGCCGACAGCAAGGAAGGAAGGUCAUGGUAGUCGAUGGUCCAGGGACUAGUGAAACCCGCAUGGGGAUGGGAGAUGCAGCAAUGAAAAUGGUACAAGACAUGGAACAAGGAAUAUGCCUGUGCCCUCAGGGUAUUCACGCCAUGCUUCUUGUUAUGAAAUAUGGGAACCGUUUUACAGCCGAAGAGCUGGGUACAAUAGAGACCCUUAAGUCUGUGUUUGGGCCAACUUUUGUGAAAGACUUUUGCAUCGUACUGUUCACCCAUGGAGAUGUCUUUGACACGCACAACAAAAGACAGAACCCACGUACCACGUUUGAAGACUGGUGUCACCAGCAAAUUGGAAAAAUACAAGACUUGUUUAAAGAGUGUGACAAUAGGGUAGUACUUUUUAACAAUUUUAACACAAAAGCAAUGGAAGAUCAACGAAAAAUCCUGUUUGGACUGGUGGACGGUUUAAAGAGCAAGGGUAAGCCUUACACAAAGGAAGAUUUCGAUAAAGUCGCCUUGGGAAGAGAGCAGCUGAUCGUUAGGGCGAACGCCUCACGAAUGAGGCGUGAGAUUCAGGACAAGAUUGAUUACCUCGUUGGUAGAUUGAACAGCCUAAGCCAGUGCACUGUGCUGGAUCCUGUAACCAGCGGAAAGUUCGAACAGCUCAUGAAAGAUGCCAUAGGUCUUGAGGAGGAAAUAAACAUUCGAGACAAAGGUACGGGAGUCUUACAGCACCUUCGUCAGGUUGUGCAAGCCACACAACGUAACAUUGAAAGUCAGGUUAAAGUCACACAGUCCAUGCUGAGGGAGCAGGAGAAAAAUACGGAAAUGGAGCUGCUACAGAAUAGGCUAAAAGAGAUUGCGAAACGAUUUGAAUAGUAA